AUGAAAGUUACCAAAUCAGAAGAUUUAUAUUUGCACCAAGCAAAAUUUGUGAUGAAAUAUUUGGGAGUUUGGAUUAUAUUCAUAGGACAAGUGUGGGGAGACUUAGAGGCUGUAUCGCAGUCCUCCUAUUUGUUGUUCACGCAAGCCUGCUUAUGUUUUAAAAUUACGGUUUUACAAAUAAAUAUUAAUUCACUCAAAGAUUUAUUGAAAAGAAUGAACGAUGAAAUAUUCUUGCCGCAGUCGAACGAACAUGAGAGAAUCCUGAAGACGCAAGCUAAAAGAAUUAAGCGGUUGUUAUUGGCCUUUAUGGUUAGUUCGCAAACAACUUGCGGUCUUUGGGCCUUAAAACCACUUUUUGAUGAUGUUGGUAGUCGCAAGUUCCCGUUCGAUAUGUGGAUGCCUUUCAAACCAGAAUAUUCGCCGCAAUACGAGCUCGGCUACGCCUUUCAGCUGCUUACAAUUUGCAUGAGCGCAUAUAUGUAUUUCGGGGUGGACAGUAUCACACUCUCCAUGGUCAUAUUUUCCUGUGCCCAGUUGGAUAUCAUCAAGGACAAGAUUUUGAGUAUUAAGCCCAUACAAUUUAACAGCAAAAAAUAUGAUAGCGAAAGACUCGCAAUUAUGGCAGAAAAUAAUAAAAAACUAAUUGAGUGUAUAGAGCACCAUCAGGCAAUAACUUCAUUUACAGAACUUUUGGAAAAUACAUACCAUACUUUUUUAUUUUUUCAACUCGUUGGAAGUGUUGGACUUAUUUGUAUGUCUGCAUUAAGGAUUUUGGUGGAGGACUGGCAGAGCAUGCAAUUCUUUUCAAUACUGACUUAUUUGUCAGUUAUGAUCAGCCAGUUGUUCGUUUGCUGCUGGUGUGGACACGAACUGACUGCUUCAAGUGAAAAUCUUCACGCAGUGCUUUACCACUGCACCUGGUACGAGCAGGACAUGAAGUUCCAACGAAUGCUUUCUUUCGCCAUGAUGCGCAUGAAUCGCCCAUUAGUUUUGCGCGCUGGUCAUUACAUCAGUUUGUCGAGGCAGACGUUUGUAGCUAUUCUACGAACAUCUUAUUCGUAUUUCGCAGUUUUGAAUCAAGCUAAUAAUAAUUAACGUAAUGAACAUUAAAUGAAUGAAUUCAUAAAAUGCAUGGUUCAUAUCAGAAUGUACCUUAAUUUUGUAGAAUGUAGUUGUUUGCAUCUUAGUACCAUGUGGAGGAAUCAGUUUUAUCUUUGCACUUAAGGAUUUGGAAAUCCCUAGUUUAGUGUAACGGGUGA